AUGCCCGUUGACAGUGCAGACAUAGUAGUGAUCGGGGGCGGCGUUUCUGGCCUGAGUUCGGCCUAUUUCCUGGCCAGGGCGGGCAAGGAUGUCGUGGUAGUCGAGAAAGGGACCGUGGGCGGCGAGGCCUCCGGGCGAAACGGCGGGAUGAUCAGCGAGCGGAUUGACGAGCCGGCGCUGAUACCGAUGGGCGUAGAGUCUGUGAGGCUAUGGGAGACGCUGCACGAUGAGUUGGGCUAUCCCACCGAGUUCAUACAGCAGGGCAGGCUCCAGGUCGCCGUGUCGGAAGAGGAGAUGGGCGAACUCUUCUCGGAACGGGACCAAGCGCUUCGCCACGGCGUAAGUGUAGACCUGCUUGACCCUUGGGAGAUUCGGGACAUGAUUCCCGGGCUCUCGGAAAGGACGCUCGGCGGGAUGUUUUCCCCCAAUGCCGGCCACGCCAAUCCCCAACGGUCGGUCCAGGCAUUUGCGUGGGCUUUUCAAGACAGAGGGGGCAGGCUUUACCAGAACACCGCCGUCACGGGCAUCCAGGUCGCCGACGGCAGGGUCACGUCGGUAGAGACGACCGCCGGUACCAUCGUGGCCGAUGUGGUGGUCGCCGCUGCCGGGCCCCAGACCGCGCUGAUGGCGGAGAUGGUGGGCGUUCACGUACCCGUGGCGCCGGCAAGGGUUGAGAUACUGGCGACCGCAUAG